UCUCACUGUCAAUCAUACCAGGUGGGUAGGGUCCGCCAGCCGAUUGGAGCUUGCGGCUGUCAAUCAGGACAGGAGGUGUCGGUGGGUGUGGCGAGGGGGGAUCGACGAUUGAAGAUACCAGAGUGAAAAGCAUCGGUUCUAAACUCUUUGAACAAUAGCAACUCUGUCUCAUGUGCUGCAUUUAAGGUUGUUGUAGGAAUGCAGUUCUUUGGCCGUUUGGUAGACUCACUGAAUACUGUGACUAACCUCUUUGCCAACCCUUACCGUGUACGGGAGGUGCCACUGUCCGAAUAUGUGUCACACAGCAGAGUUAUGGAGGACGGACGAAUUAUGUUGCAUCGGACAGCGCGGUCCUGGGACUGCUUGCUAAUCAACCCCAAAACACCUCAGAAUGCUUUCAGGUUGUUCCAGGUGAGCUCUGAAGUGGAGGCAAAAGCAAUGUUCGUACAGUUUGCAACGAAGAUAAGGCCAUUUUAUGAGAUCUCACCAGACUCGCUGAAAGUUGACACUGUACAACAGCUGACUGACUGUUUGCGAAGCCAUCCGAACUGGUCCUUGGCUCACGUAGCCGUAGAGAUGAGCAUGAAAGAGAGCUUUCGCCACAAUCAUAUUAUGUGCUGCAUAAAUGAUACGGAGAGCGAAGAGGGGAUGACCCCUCUGCACCUUGCUUGCAAGAAGGAUGAUAUUGACUGUGUUCGCGAGCUGGUGGAAGGAUGUGGAGUCAGGUUGGACAUUGCCGACAAGAAUGGGGAAACUGUCUUCCACUACGCAGCUCGUCAGUCUAACUGCCAGAUGAUUGAGUUGUUCAGCAAACAGCGCUCUGUUGGAGUGAAUCACUUGAGCAAUAGUGGCGAGACACCACUUCACAUUGCGUGUCGACUGGGAAAAACUGAUGUAGCUAAAUCCCUGCUCCACUGCCAAGCCAGUUGUAAUGUUGUUGGAUCGAAUGGUUAUCCAAUCCAUACAGCCAUGAAGUUCAUCCAGGCAGGGUGUGCUGAGGCUAUCCUAGAAGCAGACCCAAGUCAAAUCUCAACUGAAGAUGCUCAUUAUGGAGGGACACCCCUUCAUUGGGCCAAGAAAUCAGAUAUGAUCCGACUGCUGAUUAACCAUGGAUGCGCCUUGAACUACCUAAGUAAAACAGGAGAGACGCCAUUGCACAUCAUGGUGAAACGCGGACGUUUUGAGUGUGCCAUGCUUCUGUUAGUACAUGGAGCAGAUACAAAUUCAAAAGGCGAAAGUGGGAAUACUCCUCUUCAUCUUGCCAUGGAGCUAGAUAAUCUGGAUCUUAUCAAGGCUCUGAUCGUAUUUGGGGCUGAUGUGAAAUUGCCCAAUGAUUUCGGCGAGACACCUGGUUUAAUUGCUGCACGCCACAGUAAAGGCAAUAAUCGGAAGGUGAUGCUGAGCCUACUGUAUAGUAUAGGGGCUGAACGCUGUUAUCCGCCUUCUCCAGACUCCCCCACACCGUUACCCAGCCAUACUACAAGACCAGUCCCAGUGAAAACCAACCAUGGAUUAGGUUUCGAGGAUAUCUUGGGGAUUGCCACUGUAGUCGGUUCCUUAUCAAAAGGGCUAGAUGCUGCAGACGGUGAUGGAUAUGGGCACAGGAGAUAUGAUCGUUUGCUGUGCUUGGAUGGGGGUGGAAUUCGAGGCCUUGUCCUCAUUCAGCUGCUUAUUGCCAUUGAGCAGGCUGCUGGCCAGCCUGUCCGGGAGCUGUUCGAUUGGAUAUCGGGGACCAGCACUGGUGGAAUUCUAGCCCUCGCUAUUGUACAUGGCAAAUCCAUGCAAUAUCUGCGCUGCCUUUAUUUCCGGAUGAAAGACGAAGUGUUUAAAGGAUCCAGACCAUUCUCAUCAGUUCCACUGGAGGAGUUUCUGAAGAAGGAGUUUGGGGAAAAUACGAAAAUGACUGAUGUCACCAAACCAAAAGUGAUGGUGACUGGAACCCUGGCCGAUCGGCAUCCUGGAGAGCUUCAUCUGUUCCGUAACUACAACCCGCCAGAACUACAACAUGAUCCACCUUAUAUGAGGACAGCAGAGUUCCAGGCUGUCACCCAACCUAAAGACCAGUUGGUGUGGCGAGCCGCUCGAUGCAGUGGUGCAGCCCCUACCUACUUCCGACCCAUGGGCCGCUUCCUGGAUGGAGGGCUGCUUGCAAAUAAUCCAACGCUGGAUGCCUUGACCGAAAUCCAUGAAUACAGUCAGAACCUGAGGAGAAAAGGUAGAGAGAAUCAGGUGAAGAAGCUUGGUAUUGUUGUUUCACUUGGAACAGGAAAGCCGCCACAGGUACCUGUAACCUCUGUCGAUGUCUUUCGUCCCUCCAAUCCUUGGGAACUGGCUAAAACAGUCUUUGGUGCCAGAGAGCUGGGCAAGAUGGUGGUUGACUGUUGCACUGAUUCUGAUGGUCGAGCAGUGGAUCGAGCCAGAGCCUGGUGUGAGAUGGUGGAUAUUCCAUAUUUCAGGCUCAAUUCGCAACUAAAGAUGGAUGUGAUGUUGGAUGAGAUUGACGACGCUAUUUUAAUCAACAUGCUUUGGGACACACAAAUCUACAUCCACCAGGAGAGGGAGAGAAUUCAACAACUCGUUCAACUUCUGCUAAGUGCUUGACUUGGGAGAAGGGAAAGGGUAAAUGGAAGGCUACAUUAAUAAAGACUGACCAAGUUGGCUUUGUAAGCACCUACCAUACUACAGGAGCUGACUGAAUAUUAUUUUUAAUAGGAUUAAAAAUUAAACAAUGCUGCUUUGUGCUAUGCUGCACCAAUUACACUCCAAUUAUACAGACAUACAGAGGCUGAUCCUAACAGUCUUCUGUUUUGUACAAAGAAAACCAAGAAAGAGAACAAAAGAGAAGAAAUCUUGGUUUGGAAUGUACCCAUCCAUCAACGUCAAUACUUGCCUUUUCUCUUUAAAGAUGGUUACUUAUUUGCAUUUCACAUUUGAGAAAGAUGACUGCUGUCACAGUAAUGGCAGAUUCAUGGUUUGUGGAAACUAGAAUCAGGCUGGAUGGGCUGAAUGGCCUUCACAUCCUCUUCUAUUCUUAUCAAAUUACUUGGUCCUGUUUUGAUUGCUUCUUAUUCAAACAAUGGUACAGUUCACUGUGGGUCAUUACAUUAGGAAUUGGCUGUGCAAACAUCAGUAGUGGUUCUCAGUAUUGGAACGAUGGCUGGUUGUGAUCACUGUAAAUUACAAAGUAUAGCAAUCAUAAGAAUCGUAACCGAGUGGAAUUAAACACGUUUUAAUGUGUCUAGGUAUAUUCUUAUAUUUGCUUUCAUUGUGGAUUUAUCAGAGUUACCCAGCCCCUGGACCUGAUGAAUAGCCAAUGCAUCUGAGAUAGGUGGUCUUUUGAGGAAUAUAUUUAUUUUGUCUUAUGUAAUUUGUUGUUUCUAAGCCUCUGUGUGAUUUCAUAUUUCUUCCAAGUUGACAACACAGAGCUGUUAAUAUAUGUUAGAAAGUGAGAAAACAUUUGUGGCCUCUUCAAACUGAAUGGACAACGUAAGGCAUUGCUACUAAAUUGUGGACCCAUCCUCAUCAUGUGCUGAGUAUCCAUUUUGUGUGUGUGUGUGUGUGUGUGUGUGUGUGUGUGUGUGUGUGUUACAGUUUCCACAAGGCUUUAUAGUGCAGUAUUGUACCAUAGGAAUCCUCCAGUGUCAAUGAAUGAUGUAUUUGUGUGUGAUGAUGAUGAGUGGAAAAAAAGGUUUUUUUUUGGUUCUUUGUUACAGGAGAGACUGAAUCAAGAGGAAUGGUUUUCACUGCGACACACUUUGUUUUUCAUCCACUCCCACCCCACUUUAGUUAACCCAGAAAAUGGGCACCCUGUUUUUCUAGACUUGAAUUUAUCUAAAAUAGUUGUUAGCAAGGGUUAAAGGUAGAAAUCAAUCAGAUGAAGCAUUAAAACGAAGGCCGUAUUUAUGCAGAAUGGAAAGGGUAAACAGAAUCUCAUGCUGCUGUUUAUGGGACAUUGCUGCAUACUACUUGGCUGCUGUCUCCCCUGCAUUACAGCAGUUGGCUAGGCAGAAGAAAAGUUCAAAAACUAGACUGGCCACAAAGCACUGGGAGACCUUCUGAGGUCCAGAAAAGUGCUAUAUAAAUCUAGGUCUUUAUUUUUAAAAUCCUUGAUCAAAUAGAUGACACAGUGCCUCAGAGAGAAGCAAAUGUGAUGGACCAAGUGGACUUUCAUUGUAUUUUCAUCAUUUUCUUUUGACCUGAAGUUGCCAAUUGACAUUGAACUGACUGCCUUACUUAACAGUUAUGUUUCAAUUUAUUUAAAUUAUAAACUCUGUUUUGGUGGUUGUAUAUAAGAAUAUGUCAUGAUGAUUAGCUUGUUGAAGUGGAAAACCGAUAAACAAUUUUGAGACUGUGAGCAUCAAAACUUCAACUGAUGUUACAAUAUGAAGGAUUGAACUGUAAUACAGUAUGCCUGUUAUCUGUAAUUAUGCAAUUCUGAUCUUGAUUUUCAUUAACAAUGUACAAUGUGAUUAUAAUAAAAGGAUAACUAAGA